UAAUCUGGAACUGUGUGUGUGUUGAUAAACAUAUUGGAAACUUGAUAUCAGAUAAGGAGCCAGGUAUAUAAAUGUGUGUUUCUGGGGAAUAAAACAUACACACACAUACACAAUCAGCAGUCAUGAAGGCAGCUUUCUUGCUUCUGCUUGCAGCCGUAGGAGCCUACGGCCAGUCAUGCUACGGUGCUUGUGGUAUUUUCGACACUAACCUUGAGUGUCAGUGUAACGUUGCUUGCACUGACUACGGUGACUGCUGCGAGGACUACACCGAGAUCUGCAUGUCGUGUGCUGACCGCUGUGGGGAAGAGUACUUAGACACCAAGCCUUGUCAGUGUAACGAGGGUUGUCCUGAUUAUGAAGACUGUUGUAGUGACUUUGAGGAGCUCUGUGGAGGAUCAGAUGUGGUGACAGAUGAUGAACUGAGAGCACUGACCGAGGAACUGUUUGCUGCCGAGGUGAAUGCUGUGGGUGACCAGCUAACUAUAGAUCUCCAGGGUGAAGGCACCUCAGGCGAUCUAGCUUCUGGGCCAUUGUUCACAUCAGUACCUGAGUCAGCCUUGAGCGGCCCCACCAUCAGCCUCCUUCGGCAAGUACAAGACAACUACAUCCCCCAGGUGACCAUUCCAGAGGAGGAAGACGCUGCUGAGAUCGCAGAGCAGGACGCUCUCCUGGACGCUAUGAUGAAUACACAAAUCAUGAAGCUUUCUGAGAGUUUCCUCCUAGAUAAGGGUCUCCUGACGGGCAGUUUGAGAGACAAACUGGAUGAGAUCUGGUUCACCCUCUACACUAGGUCUGGGGGACCAGUCGGCUCCUCAGGGUUCGAACACUCCUUUGUUGGAGAGCUUAAAAACGGUGAAGUCAGCGGCUUCCACAACUGGGUGAAUUUCUAUAAAGAAGAAAAAGAAGGUAAUCUUAACUACGAGGGCUGGAGCAAGGUGAUUAACCUUGGUACCAAGGUACAGCUUAUAGGAGAUCACUUCGAGUGGAUGUCCGAGCCCAAGAAGAUCGGUUCAAUGUUCAUAGGCACGUCGCCAGAGCUCGAAAUGGCCACCUACACCGUGUGUUUCCUGGCGAGGCCUGACUCCCUCUGUCCUGUUCAGAUGAACGGUCAGAAGUUCCAAGUCCAAACCUGGACACUCAGUUCCAAUGGCAAAAUUCUUGUCGGGAGCGCCUACCCGGAAGUUUAAGAAGGCUAAUGUGUGAAGGAAACUAAAACCAAAAAUUAAAUUUACUGACAUGUGCAUAAAAUAUAAAAAAAAUA